GUAGAUAAUCAAUCGUGAAUAAAGAUGAAUUCAACGCUCGCCAUAUUUUUGAGUGCCUUGAUCGCUCUUUCAGCAGCUUUUCCAUCUCCUAAAAAACCAUUUUACGACAAUGCUGAAGAAUUAGCGGGAAAAUUUGAAGGAGAUAUGGAUUUAACGCCAGAACAAUUGAAAGGAGUUAAUAUGCGAAAUGGGCUUCUUAAAGAAGCAUCUCGUUGGAAGAAUAACACUGUCGAUUACGUCAUUUCAGCUAAUUAUUCCCAAGAACAGAAAGAUUACAUCAGAAAAGGACUCGAUACGUUACAAUUGGUGUCUUGUUUGAAAUUCAUCGGGCAUGAAAACGCAACAGGGCUUACGGAUUAUGUUGAUGUUGUCAACACUGGAAGCGGAUGUUCAUCUAAAGUAGGUCGAAUGGGAGGGCGUCAAACGUUGAAUUUAGCAACAAACGAGAUCGAAAAGGGAUGUUUCCGUCUUGCAACCAUCAUGCACGAGUUCAUUCAUGCUUUGGGCUUUUAUCAUAUGCAAAGUACGCAUAACAGAGACGACUAUGUCGAAGUAAAGUACGAAAACAUCGAAGACGGAAAAGAACAUAAUUUCAACAAAUAUGACACCGAAAAGGUUUCCGACUUUAAAAUUGAAUACGAUUACAAUUCUGUGAUGCAUUACAGUAACAUGGGUUUCAGCAAAAAUGGUGAACCAACGUUAGUACCUAAAGAUCCAAAUGCCGUUAUUGGUCAACGUAUUUCUCUCAGUCGACGUGAUAUUGAGAAAAUCAAUCGGAUGUACAAAUGCCCAAUGUAAACUUUAUUCUCGAUAUUUUUUUU